CGAUUUCACAAAUUCUUGUUAAUUCAAUGCAAAACGUCAGUGCUCCAGGUGACAUUUGUUUACGGGACCGGUUACUGCGUACACGUAAUACAGGAGUAUUUUUUACUGUAUCAUGAAUUGAUCGAGUUGAUGUGCGUCAUCAUAAUCAAAAAUGCCAGGCACUGGAGAAAAUGAACUAGGUGAGAUAGAAAAUGUCCGGGUAGUCAUUCGAGUUCGUCCUCUGAAUGGGAAAGAGUUGGACAGCCACUGCAAGAAGAUAAUUAAAGUAGAUCGUCUGAAUGCAGAGCUGACAGUUGAGAAUCCCAAUGCUCAGCAGGGUGAGCCCCCCAAGGUGUUCUCCUUCGAUGCAGCUUUCGACGUAGACUCGACCCAGGUCGACAUCUACAAUGAAACAGCCCGUCCAAUUGUGGACAAAGUCCUGCAAGGCUACAAUGGGACGAUAUUUGCGUACGGUCAGACUGGCACAGGAAAAACCUACACAAUGUCUGGAGCGAAAACAUCUCCACAAUUGCGAGGCAUCAUUCCCAACACAUUUGCUCAUAUAUUCGGACACAUUGCCAAGGCAGAUGAGAAUCAGAAGUUCCUGGUCCGCGCAGCGUACUUAGAAAUUUACAAUGAAGAGAUCAGAGACUUGCUUGGUAAAGACCAGAAUACCAGGCUUGAGGUGAAGGAGAGGCCUGACAUCGGUGUUUUCGUCAAGGACCUGAGUGGUUACGUCGUCAACAAUGCAGACGAUCUGGACAGAAUAAUGACACUCGGUAACAAGAACAGGGUGGUUGGUGCCACUGCUAUGAAUGUCUCCAGCUCAAGGUCUCAUGCUAUCUUCACAAUAACUGUUGAGUCUAGUCAAAUUGGUGAGGAUGGAGAGCCCCAUGUAAAAAUGGGAAAACUUCACUUGGUCGAUCUCGCUGGGUCUGAGAGACAGAGCAAGACUAAGGCCACUGGUAUUAGACUACGUGAAGCCACCAAGAUUAAUCUGUCACUGUCGACCUUGGGGAAUGUUAUUUCAGCUCUUGUCGAUGGCCAGAGCUCUCAUGUGCCUUACAGAAACUCUAAACUUACGAGGUUGCUGCAGGAUUCACUUGGUGGAAAUUCGAAGACUCUUAUGUGUGCAAAUGUGAGUCCAGCAGACAUCAACUACGACGAAACAAUAAGCACCCUUCGCUAUGCAAAUCGCGCCAAGAACAUAAAGAAUCGUGCGAGAAUAAACGAGGAUCCGAAAGACGCCCUGCUCCGUCAGUUCCAGGACGAGAUCGAGCAACUCCGCAAGCAACUCGAAGAUAACGGCGCUGAGCACUCUGAAUCAGACGGUGAGUCCGAUGAAUCAGAGACACGUGAAACGAAAAAAGAACGACAAAUUCGUCGACGCAGCCAGAUGCUCACAAUGGAGGAACUAGACAAGGAUUUGGAAUCUUUGGAGAAAGGUGAUACAGCAGAGCACAAUGACAAGAGCCCUGAUGACAAGGACGUCAUCGAACUGAAGAGAACUCAGACCGAGAAAGAAGCUCUCCGACAGAAGAUGACUAAUCUCCAGAAUAAAAUACUUGUUGGAGGUGAGAAUCUUCUGGAGAAAGCCGAGGCUCAGGAGCAGAUGUUGGCGGCAGCGGCUGUGGAGCUUGAUCAGAGGAAAAAGCGCGAGGAACAGUUGAAGAAAGCUAUUGAGGAAAAGGAAGCAGAGAGAAUUGACAUUGAAGAGAAGUACUCCUCCUUGCAGGAGGAGGCUGCUGGCAAGACUAAGAAAUUGGCCAAAGUCUACACAAUGCUCAUGUCAGCGAAGGCCGAACUGUUGGAUCUCCAGGAGGAACAUCAACGAGAGAUGGAGGGACUUCUGGAAGGUGUGAGAGGUAUUGGAAGAGAGCUCCAGCUCCAGGAGCUCAUCCUCAACAGCUACAUCCCAGUGCAAUACCAAACGAUGAUCGAGAGAUAUGUCCACUGGAAUGAGGAUAUUGGCGAGUGGCAGCUGAAGUGCGUCGCAUACACUGGCAAUAAUAUGAGAAAAGCACAGGCUGCCCCACUCAUUGGAAAUUCCAAGGAUCAACCCCAGCUCGACUUAUCGAAUCUCUACCUGACUUACAAUACAGAGCCAGAAAGCAACCUUACACAGCCGAAGAAACUCAGAGGACGCUCCGGAGUCCCUCGACCCACCACCGCCCACCGAAGGACCCCUCAUUGAUCUGCUCCGUGGAGGAGUGUCAAUGCCAAUUUCGUUAGAAUAGGAUAUUUAAUUACUGUCGAAUCUUGAUGGAGUUUGUUUAUUGGAACUGUGUUCGUGUUUAUUUAAUUACAGAGCAGUAUUAUUGUUUACCUUUUUUGUACGUUUUUUAAUAAGUUUUUAAUUUAUUUUUAGGAGAAAUCUGCUGCUUACCAAAAUGUUAGUGUCUUAAUUGCUUUCUGUUGUUAUUCGUUACUGAGAAGAGAAAUAAAAUCCCACAAUAACAUA